GGGGCCCAGCGUCUUUCGACUUUGAUCUAAGUAUCUGUGGCAGCGGCAGCUACCAGAAGCAACUGGAGCCGCAGGUGAGGUGGUCGUGCCAUUGCCCUGCCCGUGGGUCCACAGCCAGAUCCUCAGACCACAGGGCAGGGGGAAAGGUUGGGUUUGCCAGGAACCAGCGCAGGGGGUCAGCUGCCCGGGAACUUUCAGUACCGCUACUGAAUAAUGCUGGUCUCAGGUCAGACCUGAGUCUGGUCCGGUCAAGUCCUGGGACUUCUGAAGUUCACGAGAGGUUCCAGCCUAGUCUCAAUGGGGCUGCUUCUGCCGCUGCUACAAUCCUCUAUACUGCUGAUGCUUCUUUUGUGGUUGCCGGCGGCGUCCACCAACCUGGACUGGCAGUGCCCACGAAUACCCUUCUCAGCCUCCCGGGACUUUGAUGUUAAGUAUGUGGUCCCCAGCUUCCACGCCGGUGGCCAGGUACAGGCCAUGGCAGCCUACGAGGACAGUGAAGAUGGGAGUGCGCUGUUUGUGGCCACACGCAAUCGUCUGCACGUGCUUGGGCCUGACCUGCAGUAUAUAGAGAGCCUGACCACCGGCCCUAUUGGAGAUCCUGGCUGCCAGACAUGUGCGAGCUGUGGUCCAGGCCCUCACGGACCACCAAACGAUACAGACACACUGGUGCUGGUGAUAGACCCGGGUUUGCCAGCCCUGGUCAGCUGUGGCUCAACCCUUCAGGGCCGGUGCUUCCUCCACGAGCUUGAGCCUCGGGAGAAAUCCCUGCACUUAGCAGCACCAGCCUGCCUCUUCUCAGUAAACAAUAACCGGCCUGAGUCCUGCCCGGACUGUGUGGCUAGCCCCCGGGGCACUCGUGUGACUGUGGUUGGGCAGGGCCAUGCUUCCUACUUCUAUGUGGCAUCUUCACUGGACCCAGAGUUGGCUGCCAGCUUUAGCCCGCACUCAGUGUCCAUCCGUCGCCUCAAGGCAGAUGCUUCUGGAUUUCAACCGGGUUUUCCUUCGCUAUCUGUGCUGCCCAAAUAUCUGGCCUCCUACCUCAUUGAAUAUGUAUACAGCUUCCGCUCAGGAGACUUUGUCUACUUUCUGACCGUGCAACCUUCCGGUGUCACAAGCCCUCCCGGUGCCCUGCAGACUCGUCUUGCCCGACUUAAUGCUGUAGAGCCAGAGAUGGGUGACUACCGGGAGCUGGUCUUGGAUUGUCAGUUUGCACCUAAACGCCGGCGGCGGGGAGCUCCAAAGAGCACACAGUCCUACCCAGUGCUUCGGGCAGCCCACACUGCUCCCGUGGAUGCCAUUCUAGCUGUGGAUCUGAGCACCUCAGAGGGCCAGGAAGUGCUAUUUGGGGUCUUUGCGGCUGUCAGGGAUGAUAGCUCUGGCUCGGGUCCCAGUUCUGUUGUAUGCGCCUACCCCAUUCACCAGCUGGACGCCCUGAUUGAACAGGGCGUAGAACGCUGUUGUGACUCUUCACUUUCUCCUCGCCCCUCGAGAGGCCUCGAAUUCUUCCAGCCACCCAGUCUUUGUCCUAAUCCGCCUGGUGUAGAGGCCUCCAGCCCCAGCUUCCGCUGCCACUACUUCCCUCUGCUGGUCAGCGAAGGCUUCUCCCGCGUGGACCUAUUCAACGGAAUGUUAGGAUCAGUGAAGGUCACCGCGCUGCAUGUGACAGGCCUUGGCAAUGUUACAGUGGCCCACAUGGGCACUGCAGAUGGGCGUAUCCUACAGGUGGAGAUAGCCAGAUCGUUCGGCUACUUGCUGUACGUGUCCAACUUCUCCCUGGGCAGCAGCGGGCAGCCUAUUCAGCGGGACGUCAGUCGCCUUGGGAAUGACCUACUCUUUGCCUCUGGGGACCAGGUCUUCAAGGUUCCUAUCCGGGGCCCUGGCUGCCGUCAUUUCCUAACCUGUUGGCGUUGCCUGAAAGCACAGCGUUUCAUGGGAUGUGGCUGGUGUGGGGACAGGUGUGGCCGGCAGAAGGAGUGUCCUGCCUCUUGGCAACAGGAUCGCUGUCCCCCUGAAAUCACAGAGUUCUAUCCUCACAGUGGACCCCUAAGGGGCAGUACAAGGCUCACCUUAUGUGGCUCCAACUUCUACCUGCGUCCUAAUGAGGUACCCGAGGGAACACACCAGAUCACCGUGGGCCAAAGUCCCUGCCGGCUGCUGCCCAAACACUCUCCAAGCUAUAGGCCAGAGUACCCUAAGGCGUUUGUGGAAGAACUUGAGUGUGAGCUGGAGCCUCUGGUCACCCAGGCAGCAGGGACUACAAAUGUCAGCCUUCUCAUCACUAACACACCAGCAGGCAAGCACUUCCGGGUGGACGGCAGCUCUGUUAGGGAAGGCUUCUCUUUCAUGGAACCACUGCUGACAUCAAUAAAACCUGACUUUGGCCCACGGGCUGGGGGUACUUAUCUCACGCUCGAAGGCCAGAACCUGUCUAUAGGCACCAGCCGAGCUGUACUGGUCAAUGGAACUCAGUGCCAGCUGGAACAGGUCAGUGAGGAACAGAUCUUAUGUGUCACACCUCCUGGAGCUGGCACAGCCAGGGUCCCUGUUCAUCUGCAGAUCGGAGGUGCUGAGGUGCCUGGCUCCUGGACAUUUCACUACAAGGAGGACCCUAUUGUGUUGGACAUCAGCCCCAACUGUGGCUACAGUGGCUCUCAUGUCAUGAUCCAUGGCCAGCAUCUGACUUCUGUAUGGCGCCUAGAGCUAUUAUUCCACGAUGGACAAAGUACAGUGCAGAACAGCCAGUGUGCAGGGCAGUUUCUGGAACAGCAGCGUCAGUGCCGCCUGCCAGAAUAUGUGGUCCGAAACCAUCAGGGGUGGGCAACAGGGAAUCUGAGCACCUGGGGGGAUGGAGGAGCUGGCUUCAUACUGCCUGGUUUUCGCUUCCUGCCCCCACCCAGUCCACCCAGAGCUGGCCUAGCCCCACUGAAGCCUGAAGAGCAUUCAGUUAAAUUCGAGUAUAUUGGGCUUGGCGCUGUGGCAGACUGCGUGAGUGUGAACAUGACCGUGGGUGGUGAGAUCUGCCAACACGAGUUCCGGGGGAAUAUGGUGGUCUGCCCCCUGCCCCCUUCCCUGCAACUUGGCAAGGAUGGUGUCCCAUUGCAGGUCUGCGUAGAUGGUGAGUGUCACAAGCUGGGCCAAGUGGUUCGGUCAGGCCCAGGCAGGGCCUCACAGAGUACACUCAUAAUUGCUCUGCUGGCUUUGAUCAUGCUCGUGGCUGCCCUGGCCAUUGCCCUGGUCUUCAACUCCCGGAGACGGAAAAAGCAGCUAGUCCUUGCUUCCAACUUGGAUGACCUGUCAACUCUGGAUCGGUUUCCCGGAGCCAUGUCCCUGUCUACAUUCUACUCUGGCUCUGACUACAGAGCAACACCCUCUGACAUUGAUGAUAUAGCUUCCAGACCUCGGAGCUGUGAGGAAUCUUCGGAUAACAGGGAUGGGACAAAUAUCCCACUACUGCGAACAGAUUCGAUGCGGCUCAAGGAUCUGGACAGGACACUCCUGGCCGAGGUCAAGGAUGUACUGAUUCCCCAUGAACACGUGGUCAUCCACAGUGACCAAGUCAUUGGCAAAGGCCACUUUGGUGUUGUCUACCAUGGAGAGUAUACAGAUGAGGCACAGAACCAAAUCCACUGUGCUGUUAAGUCACUGAGCCGCAUCACAGAGGUGCAGGAGGUAGAAGCUUUCCUGCGGGAAGGGCUGCUCAUGCGAGGCCUCCACCACCCGAACGUUCUGGCUCUCAUCGGUAUUGUGCUACCCCCAGAGGGCCUCCCCCGGGUGCUGCUGCCCUAUAUGCGCCACGGAGACCUGCUUCGUUUCAUCCGUUCCCCUCAGAGGAACCCCACGGUGAAGGACCUCAUCAGCUUUGGCCUGCAGGUAGCUUGCGGCAUGGAGUACCUGGCAGAGCAGAAGUUUGUGCACCGGGACCUGGCUGCUAGGAACUGCAUGCUGGACGAGUCAUUCACAGUCAAGGUGGCGGACUUUGGUCUGGCCCGUGACAUCCUAGACAAGGAAUACUAUAGUGUCCGACAGCACCGCCAUGCUCGCCUGCCUGUCAAAUGGAUGGCCCUGGAGAGCCUUCAGACCUACAGAUUCACCACCAAGUCUGACGUGUGGUCAUUUGGUGUGUUGCUGUGGGAACUGCUCACACGGGGUGCUCCACCGUACCCCCAUAUCGACCCUUUCGACCUCACUUACUUCCUGGCUCAGGGCCGUCGCCUGCCCCAGCCUGAGUAUUGUCCCAAUUCGCUGUACCAGGUGAUGUUGCGAUGCUGGGAGGCUGACCCAGCAGCACGGCCUACCUUCAGAGCCCUCGUGAUGGAAGUGGAGCAGGUAGUGAGCUCUUUGCUUGGGGACCACUACGUACAGCUGUCCCCAGCUUACGUGAACUUAGGUCACAGCAUCUUGGAUGAUGUGAGUGUGCUUCCAGAGCAGCCACAGUCCUCAGCACAGCAGCACAGAGGCACAUCAAGGCCCCGGCCUCUCUCAGAGCCGCCUCUGCCCACUUGACCUAAGCCCUCAGAAGGUCACAGACUGAAUCUGCUAAGUGGCCUUGAGCUAACCCCAACCUGCCUCUGGGCUAUGACAUACUAAAGGGCAUUGAACCCUCCAGCCUUUAGCUUUCUGAAGCUACUGGAGGUGGGAAACAGCCCGUCUAAGCCCCUCACUCCAGCAUGAGCCAGUGAGGGCAAUCCUUUUGUAGCAUGUAUUUAUGGAAUGCUUGUUUUAUACCCUGUCUGCUGAGCAGAGAGGACUCAGCAGUGAUCAUGCAGAUACCACAGUAUAAACCACUAAAACAAAUAAAUGAAUAUUCAAGCACAAAUUAUGGCAUAUGCUGUGAAAG